AUGCAGCCUCAUCAUAUCUAUCUAUCUAUCUAUCUAUCUCUCUCUCUCUCUCUCUCUCUCUAUAUAUAUAUAUAUAUAUAUCUAUCUCUCUCUAUCUCUCUCUAUCUAUCUAUAUAUAUAUAUAUAUAUAUAUAUUCUGCAUACUUAUCUAUCUAUCGUAAGCUAUUCAUAUCUAUCUCAACUUUUUUUUUUACUUUCUUUCAUCUUCCUUCAUUUAUUUCUAAUAUUUUUGUUUUCUUCCACAUAACAUUCUUUCUUUCUUCCUUUUUUCUUUCUUCGUCUUUUUCUUUCUAUCUUUCUUUGUCUUUUUCUUUCUUUCGCUGCUCAUUCAUUUCUCCUUCCUUCCUUCCUUCAUUCCUUCCUUCCUGUGUUUCUUUCUUUCUUUCUUUCUUUCUUUCUUUCUUUCUAUCUUUCUUGUUUUUUUUCUUUCUUUCAUUACUCAUUCAUUUCUCAUUCCUUUCUUUCUUCCUUUCUUUUUUCUUUUUCUUUCUUUCCUUGCUCAUUCACUUCUUCCUUUCUUUCUUUAUAAUGUACCUCUCUCUCUCUCUCUCUCUCUCUCUCUCUCUCUCUCUCUCUCUCUCUCUCUCUCUGGUCUAUACUUCUUACAGGCAACGAACUCUUUUGCAGCUCAGUAAUCUUGGUGAUAUUCCUCGGUCGAAAUCCCACAACCGACAGAAUUAG